GGAGCCGGCCGCGCGGAGCCGGGUCGGCGGGCGCAGUCGCCGCUGCUUCGGGUUCCAUCUCCGCCUUUCGCGCGUUCUCCGGACAGCGUCUCCUGCCGGGCCGCAGUCGCCGCCACCUCGCCGCCCCGCCUGGUGAAUGGCUACUCCAUGACCCCCCCAACCCUGAACAUCACAGAAGAAGUGCACAUCAUCAACACCAGUGACAGCCUGGCCAUCUCCUGCAGGGGACAGCACCCCCUCGAGUGGGCCUGGCCAGGGGCUCCAGAGGCACCGGCAACAGGGGAGAAGGACAGCGAGGACUCAGGGGUCGUGCAAGACUGUGAGGGCACAGACACGAGGCCCUACUGCAAGGUGCUGCUGCUGAACGAGACCCACGCCAACAACACAGGCAGCUACCGCUGCUACUACAAGUACAUCAGUGCCCGCAUUGAGGGCACCACAGCUGCCAGCACCUAUGUGUUUGUUAGAGACUUUGAACAGCCAUUCAUCAACAAAGCCCACACACUCCUGGUCAACAGGAAGGACUCCAUGUGGGUGCCCUGCCUGGUGUCCGUCCCUGGCCUCAAUGUUACACUGCACUCGCAAAGCUCAGUGCUGCGGCCUGAUGGGCACGAGGUGGUGUGGGAUGACCGCCGGGGCAUGCGUGUGUCUACGUCACUCCUGCGUGAUGCGCUGUACCUGCAGUGUGAGACCAGCUGGGGCGGCCAGGACUUUUACUCCAGCCCCUUCCUCGUGCACAUCACAGGCAAUGAGCUCUAUGACAUCCAACUGUUCCCUAAGAAGUCCCUGGAGCUGCUGGUUGGAGAGAAGCUGGUCCUGAACUGUACUGUGUGGGCCGAGUUCAACUCGGGUGUCACCUUCGCCUGGGACUAUCCGGGGAAGCAGGCAGAUCGGGGUAAGUGGGUACCCGAGCGGCGCUCCCAGCAGACUCACACAGAGCUCUCCAGCAUCCUGACCAUCUACAACGUCAGCCAGCAUGACCUGGGCCGGUAUGUGUGUGAGGCCAACAAUGGCAUCCAGAAGUUCCGGGAGAGCACCGAGGUCAUUGUACAUGAAAAGCCCUUCAUCAGUGUCGACUGGCUCAAAGGACCAGUCCUGGAGGCCACAGCCGGGGACGAGCUGGUGAAGCUGCCUGUGAAGCUGGCAGCUUACCCGCCACCGGAAUUCCAAUGGUACAAAGACAGAAAGGCAGUGACUGGGCGCCACAGUCCCCAUGCCCUGGUGCUCAAAGAGGUGACUGAGGCCAGCGCAGGGAUCUACACCCUCGCCUUGUGGAACUCCGCGGCCGGCCUGAAAUGCAACAUCAGCCUGGAGCUGGUGGUGAAUGUGCCUCCCCACGUGCAUGAGAAGGAGGCCUCCUCCCCCAGCACCUACCCCCGCCACAGCCGCCAGGCCCUCACCUGCACGGCCUACGGGGUGCCCCCACCUCUCCAUGUCCAGUGGCACUGGCGACCAUGGACACCCUGCAAGACCUUUGCUCAGCGCAGCCUCCGCCGACGACAGCAGCGAGAUGGCAUGCCACAGUGCUGGGAUUGGAGGGAGGUGACCAUGCAGGAUGCUGUGAACCCCAUCGAAAGCCUGGACACUUGGACCGAGUUUGUGGAGGGAAAGAACAAGACGGUGAGCAAGCUGGUGAUCCAGGAUGCCAACAUGUCUGCCAUGUACAAGUGUGUGGUCUUCAACAAGGUGGGCCAGGACGAGCGGCUCAUCUACUUCUAUGUGACCACCAUCCCUGACGGCUUCAGUAUCGAGGUGGAGCCCUCCGAGGACCCCCUAGAGGGCCAGUCUGUGCGCCUCAGCUGCCAAGCUGACAACUACACGUACGAGCAUCUACGCUGGUACCGCCUCAACCUGUCCACGCUGCAUGAUGCUCACGGGAACCCACUGCUGCUCGACUGCAAGAAUGUUCACCUGUUCGCCACACCGCUAGACGCCAGCCUGGAGGAGGCUGCGCCCGGAGCGCGCCACACCACACUUAGCCUGAGCAUCCCGCGAGUGGCCCCUGAGCAUGAGGGCGACUACGUGUGCGAGGUGCAGGACCGGCGCACUCAGGACAAGCAGUGCCACAAGAAGUACCUGUCCGUGCAGGCCCUGGAAGCCCCCCGCCUCAUGCAGAACUUGACGGACCUCCUGGUGAAUGUGAGCGACUCCCUGGAGAUGCGGUGCCCGGUGGCGGGAGCGCACGUGCCCAGCAUCGUGUGGUACAAAGACGAAAAGCUGCUGGAGGAAGAGUCUGGAAUCGACUUGGCAGACUCCAACCAGAAGCUGAGCAUCCAGCGCGUGCGCGAGGAGGACGCCGGGCGCUAUCUGUGCAGCGUGUGCAACGCCAAAGGCUGCGUCAACUCCUCCGCCAGCGUGGCGGUGGAAGGCUCCGAGGAUAAAGGCAGCAUGGAGAUCGUGAUCCUCAUCGGCACCGGGGUCAUCGCUAUCUUCUUCUGGGUCCUGCUCCUCCUCAUCUUCUGUAACAUGAGGAGGCCGACCCACGCGGACAUCAAGACAGGCUACCUGUCCAUCAUCAUGGACCCGGGGGAGGUGCCCCUGGAGGAGCAAUGCGAGUACCUGUCCUACGACGCCAGCCAGUGGGAGUUCCCGCGGGAGCGGCUGCACCUGGGGAGAGUCCUUGGCCACGGGGCCUUCGGGAAGGUGGUGGAAGCCUCCGCCUUCGGCAUCAGCAAAGGCAGCAGCUGUGACACCGUGGCUGUCAAAAUGCUAAAAGAGGGCGCCACGGCCAGCGAGCACCGCGCGCUGAUGUCGGAGCUCAAGAUCCUGAUCCACAUCGGUCACCACCUCAACGUGGUCAACCUGCUGGGGGCGUGCACCAAGCCCAACGGCCCCCUCAUGGUCAUCGUGGAGUACUGCAAGUACGGCAACCUCUCCAACUUUCUGCGCGGCAAGCGCCAGGCCUUCAGCCCCUACGCGGAGAAGUCGCCCGCGCAGCGGAGGCGCCUCCGCGCCAUGGUGGAGGGCGCUGAGGCUGAUCAGAGGAGCCCGGCAAGCGGCGACCGGGCCCUGCUCACCCGAUUCCUGAUGGGCAAGGGAGGGGCGGGGCGGGCUCCUCCUGUCCGAGAAGCCGAGGACCUGUGGCUGAGCCCACUGACCAUGGAAGACCUUGUCUGCUACAGCUUCCAGGUGGCCCGGGGAAUGGAGUUCCUGGCCUCCCGCAAGUGCAUCCACAGAGACCUGGCUGCUCGAAACAUCCUGCUGUCUGAAAGUGACGUGGUGAAGAUUUGUGACUUCGGCCUGGCCCGAGACAUCUACAAAGACCCUGACUACGUGCGCAAGGGCAGCGCCCGGCUGCCCCUGAAGUGGAUGGCCCCUGAGAGCAUCUUUGACAAGGUGUACACCACACAGAGUGACGUCUGGUCCUUCGGGGUGCUGCUCUGGGAAAUCUUCUCCCUGGGGGCCUCCCCGUACCCAGGGGUGCAGAUCAAUGAGGAGUUCUGCCAGAGGCUGAAAGAUGGAACCAGGAUGAGAGCCCCGGAACUGGCUACCCCUGCCAUACGCCGCGUCAUGCUGAACUGUUGGUCUGGAGACCCCAAGGCAAGGCCUGCUUUCUCAGAGCUGGUGGAGAUCCUGGGCGACCUGCUUCAGGGAGGGGGCUGGCAGGAGGAAGAUGAGGACUGCAUGGGCCCAUGCGACUCUCAGAGCUCAGAGGAUGGCAGCUUCUUGCAAGCAUCCACCACAGCCCUGCAUGUGACCGAGCCGGACAGUGGGGACAGCCCACCAAGCACACAUCGUCACAGCCUGGCUGCCAGAUACUACAAUUGUGUGUCUUUUCCUGGAUCCCUGGCCAGGGGGACUCAGACCCAGGGUCCCUCUAGGAUGAAGACGUUUGAGGAAUUCCCCAUGACCCCGACAGCCUGCAAAGCCCCUGUGGAUAACCAGACGGACAGCGGAAUGGUGCUGGCCUCUGAGGAGUUUGCACAGAUCGAGAGCAGGCACAGACAAGAAGGUGGCUUCAGCUGUAAAGGACCUGGCCAGGAGGUGGACGUGACAAGGGCGCACCCUGAGCCCCAGGGCAGCCGGCGGCGUCCCGACCAGGAAGCCCAAGGAGGCCAGGUGUUUUUCAACAGCGAGUACGGGGCGCUCUGCAGGCCGCUGGAGGAGGGCGGCUGGGCCCCGGCCGCCGGCGCGCCGCUCUCAGACCGCAGCUACUAGGCCCGCUGACCCCGGGCUCCUACAGCGGGGCAGGGGACACCCCGGGGCCCGAGUAGAGAGCAGGAGGCCCAGGCUGGGCGUCACCUCCUUCAGCUCAGCCUGAGGCGCUUCUUCCCUUGACUCCAGGCUGGAGGGCUGCAGAACUCUGUCGCCUUGAUGUCCUGAGGCCCCACCUCCAGGCACCCCCAGCCCCUUCUCAGGUGCAGACGCCGCUCAUCCCAGCGACCCUGGCCACGGGUGCUGGCGCUGGGCCAGCCUCUCCCAGGACACUGGCUUGCAAUUACUCCUUCUACCACAGCGGCUGGGUGACACAGGCUCCGUGUUCUGAGGAGGAGUGUGCGUGUCUGGGACUCCGGGGCUGGGGGCAGAGCUCCUUUCGAGCCGCAUCUCGCAGCUCCCACCCAAAUCAGCCUCCGCUUCCUCUGGGGAAGGCACGCUUCACCACUCUAGAGACUGCAGAGAGCACCGUGUUUCCUCCUCACAGCAGCAAAGGACGAACUGGGGGUGGGCUGCUCUCCUGAGCCCCACCUACUGGCCCCUGGGGUGACCCAGCUCCAGGGAGUGAGGCAGAAGGUCUGCCUGAGUGUGGAGGGCCAGCCCGCAGACACCUUCUUUCACUAGAACCUCAGGAGUCUCAGCUUCUGUGAUUCCAAUUUUCAAAACUUCAGCUGGAAGGAAGCCCCCUUUUUUAUUGAAACUAGGCAGUUCUUGGUUGAGACGUAGUCCCCAUGACCUGUCUCUCUCAGAAGACCCCCAGCCUCACAUACCUGGUCCAGAAUCAAGAACCAACCCGCAGCCCAGAGUGGCCCCCCUGGCUUUUCCCCUGGGGCCUGAUCUUCAGCCCCAGGUGCCUCCAAGACUGGAGCACUGUGGGUUCCACCCGGAAGGGCUUUGGGGCUGGCACAGAGAUAGUGUGGCCUGGUGCCACACACUCACUGCAAGAUGUUCUGCGGAUCCUGGGAGGACCUUGCCCUGCCUUCUGCUUCCCUCUUGCCUACUGUGGCACUUUUGGCCCCACAGGGGAGCAACCAAGCUUCCCUGGAGGUGAAACCAUUCUGUCCAGACCCUGUCCCAGCUUACACUGCCCAGCCUCCCUGCCAAGAGAAAGAGCCUCAUCUUGGUCAGCACCACAGAUUGCAGCCCCCGCCCCUGCCCAAGAUGCUUGCAGGACAGGCGGCUGGUGAGGGGGGGCCUAGCUGCAAAUCCUCCCCACAGAGCACGUGGAGACCCCAUGACACAGUGGUGCAUGUGUGACGGGUCCUCGCUGACCCCGGACCUCCUUCAUCUGCAUGGCGCCUGGCCUCAGGCUCACCCGGGGACAGUCCAGAGGACGCUGUCUCUGAGGACUGAAACCAGCAGUGUGGGUGCAGCCCCGAGUACCUCCUGCUCGGUCUCCUCUCUUCUGUCAUGUAACUGCACACACAACUAUGUACUGGGGAAGGAAACCCACUGUGUCCUUGUAGACAUGUUCUCUGAAAGAUCUAAAAUAUUUAACAAAAGAUAAUAAUAAAUCAGAUGCCAGUCUCUGA